AUGCUCGAGACAUGGAAGAAAGUUGUUUUUCAACAUAUCAGCCUGAAACUCCUCUCAGCCGCUCUUCGUCUCGUUGAAGCUGAGCGUAAUGGGGAAGCAGUUGAUGCACAUCUUGUAAUUGGCGUGCGAGAGAGUUGGGUGGCCCUGUAUGACCAGCGGGACUGCUACUACGAAGACGUUCUUGAGCAGUAUCGAAAGCACUUUGAACGGGAAUUUGUCGAGGAAACCGUCGCAUAUUACAAGAAAAGAGCUGCGCAGUAUCUGGCCGAAAACGGAGUGAUCAACUAUAUGGCAUAUGCUGAUCGAAUGCUUGAGGAAGAGGAGCAACGAGCAAGGAAAUACCUCAAUCCAAAUCCUGAAAGUGUUGCAAGGCUGGUUGAGAGCUGUGUACAAGUACUAGUUGUUGAGUUCGAAGACCAAAUACUGGCCGAAUGUCCAUCGUUAAUCGCCAAGAAUGAUGUAGAAAAAUUACGAAUGCUGUACCGAUUGAUAAAAUGGACCCCAACUGGUAUAGAAGUUGUGAUUAAAGCGGUUGAUAAUCAUAUCCGAGGCGAAGGAAUAGACGAUAUGAAAGAGAACGCGCUAACGAUAACGACGGAUCCUGAAAAGUACAUAUCACAACUUCUAAGUAUGUUUGAUCGAUUCAGUACCCUUGUCAAGGAAGGUUUCUAUGAUGAUGCUCGGUUACUGACGGCAAGAGAUAAGGCAUUCCGUGCUCUUGUGAACGAUACGACCAUAUUCAAAAUGGAAUUGCCAUUAGGCAAGAAGAGUCGAAAUACCGCAGUAGAAUCGAAAUGCCCUGAAUUACUUGCUAACUACUGUGAUCUUCUACUGAGAAAAACACAACUGAGCAAAAAACUCACGUCAGAAGAGAUCGAUUCGAAGCUCAAUAACCUGCUCCUUGUACUGAAGUAUAUUGCGAAUAAGGACGUUUUCAUGCGGUUUCACAAGGCCCACCUGUCAAGGCGGCUGAUUCUCGACAUGAGUGCUGAUCAAGAAAAGGAGGAAGCCAUGGUCAACAAGCUCCGAGAAUGCGGCAUGCCAGCUGAACAUGUGAACAAACUUUUCCGUAUGCUGCAAGAUAUUGAAGUGAAUAAGGAUCUCAAUUAUACGAAAACUUUACAUCUCAAUUCGAAUUUCAAGAAAUCACUAGUUGGAACGAACAAUAAUAAGGCCUUGUCAGACCUUAUAAAUAUAAAAAUUCUAAACGGCGGUGCAUGGGGACGUGGUGGUGUUGGUGCGGAACGGGUACGUGUGUCAUUGCCAAGAGAACUGGAAGAAUUUGUUCCUGAGGUAGAAGCAUUUUAUAAGAAACACCACAAUGGCAGGAAACUGAACUGGAUGCAUCACUGGAGUAGUGGAACUUAA